CUGUUGGCGACGGCGCCUUUGCCGGACGAGGAAGGUCGAGCGUCCUUUUGGAGAGAGACGGUGUGGUGAGAGAAUGCCUCGUACACCAGCAGAACGUGCCAAGAGAUAUCGUGAUCGUCAGAAGAAUGACCCAGUGCUGAAAGCGCAGUAUUUGGAAAAAGAGCGGAAUCGCAAGAAAGCUACCUAUGCUCCAAUUGCAGAGAGACGUGAGCGGGAACAGAGAAAAAUAAGAAGAAUUUGGCGCACAAGUUCAAAGCAAUACCGUGCUCGUCGCUGUGUCCAGCUUCCAGACAGUCCACCAGUGAUUCGAAAUGCUGCAAAUCUGCGUCCACCAAUUCCACGACGACCAGUUGAUCAGAGGACCAAAAGAGGCUGUAUGAAGGUCAAGAAAGAUCUAGUCGAUAGACAACUAGAAGCCAUGAAGAAACAAUUAGAGGAACAAAAAAGACUGGCGGAGAGGUGGAAGACGAGAUACAACAGGGUGAAAGAACAGUUGCUUGAGAGGGACAGGAUGAAGGAUGAAUCAAUGCAGAUGGUAUCCUCAAAGGGUGAUGACUUUACAGAGAUGGGCUGGAAGAUGUGUGUUAUAUGCCUGCAAAUUAGCCUGAUAAACAGGCUAGAGUUGGUGCCUGAUUUCUUCAUAUGCUGUUGCCAUUGCCAACGAGACAGGCCACCACGUGAGCAACAUUUGAUAAACUGAUGUUGCUUGGGUGAUCUCCGAAAUUUGGUACAGCAAGUUUGAAGAAGGGCCCCGACCCGAAACAUCGCCUGUUCAUUCCGGUGUGUGACUUGCUGAGUUCUUCCAGUGUGUUUUGGUACAGCCAACUGGUGGUUUGUUCAUAUGUCAUUAGGAGCAGAAUUGGGCCAUUCAGCCAGCCCAUCAAGCAUAGCUGAUCUACCAUUCCUCAACCCCAUUCUCCCGUCUUCUCCCCAUAACCCGUACUAAUCAAGAAUCUGUUAAACUGUUCAACACGUUUGAUUUUUGUACUUGACAUUAAAGAAAAUCUGGUCUAAUUUACUGUU